AUGGCGGCGCUCGUGUUUUUAUUUUCUUCUGCAGAGCGGCGCGCGGCCCCUCCGGGCCCGGGCCCGGGGGCGCUGCCGGCGGGACCCGAGCGGGCGGGGGGCUCGCCGGUGUUUGGCCGGGGGGACUUCGGCCGCGCGGGGCCGGCGUGCGCGCUGGCGCAGCAGCUGGCCAACGGCCUGGCCACCCGGCACAUCGGGCCGACCAGCACCCGGCCGCUGAACCGGGCGCUGGCCGUCGGCCCGGCCGAGGACCUGGUGUCGGUGGGGCGUGCGGACGACACGCCGGGCCGUGGUCGGCCGUCCUCCGGCCCGACGGCCCGAAAGCAGCGCCAGCAGGCCUCCAUCACCUUCGAAGUGGGCGUGCCGCACGUGUCCGAGGAGGCCAUCUCCGCCGACAAGGCCAUCUUCUACACCGGCUCCGUCUGCCCGGACUACGUGUCGCUGGAGGGGUGCUCACUCGGGGACAAGUGUGGCCUGCAGCACCCGGCCCUGGCCUCGGCCACCGCGCAGCUGGUCCUCGAAUACCCCGGGGACUUGGGCUCGGCGUCGCAGGCAUUCGAGCGCGGCCCGGUGCUGGCCGAUUGGCUGGGCGGGCUGGUCGACCGGCUGGAGCAGCUGGACGAUCUGUUCGGCCGGUGCGCCGACUACGCCCCGCCGGCGGGGCCCGUGGACCCGGAGCCCGGCUCCGGCCCGGGGGCCGCCACCUCGGCGGAGGACUUCCCGAGCCUGCCGCGCACGGCGGCCCCGGCCGCCGGCCAGACCUCGCUGGCGGCCGAGAUGCAGCUGGCCUUCGACAGCCGGCGGCUGCUACAUACGCAGCCCACGCCGGACGCGGUGCACGUCCGGCGGCCCGGGGCCCCGGCGGCGGGGACGACCGGCCCGGCCACCGCCGCAUCGCCGGCCCCCGGGGCCGAGGCCGAGGCCGAGGCCGAGGCCGGCCUCGGGUCGGCGCAGGCCCCCCGGCGUGAGGAGGCCCCGCCCGCGCGGGACUCCCACGCCCUCCGGGCACCGAGGGCCAUCCGGGCCUCGUACGCGGCCCUCCGGCCGGUGGGCGACCUCUACCACCGGCAGCGCCGCCAGGCCUUCGCCCUGCUGGAGGAGCACAAGCGCCUGGUGGCCGAGGAGGGGUCGGCCCAUGCGCUGGCCCUGCAGACCCUCCGCCGGGAGCUGGCGGCCGCUCACUGGGCGGCUGCGCGCGCCAUCUUCCGCGAGCGGAACCGCUCCCUGGACCCGCUGGCCGUGCGGGCCGGCGAUUUGGAUGGCCUGGUGGACUUCAUGGGUCUCCACCCGGGCGAAGCCAUCCACUUCCUCGACGCCCUGCUGGAGGGCGCCGCCCGGGAGGCCCGGCGACUGGGCCGGCCGCUGGUCGUGCAUCUGGUCACCGGGCUCGCUGGGAAUGCCCCGGCGUCGGACGCCCGGGGCAAGGCCCAGCAGGCCGUGGCAUCGCACCUGACGCAGCGGGGCAUCCUCUUCAAGGACAACGCCGUGUUCGGGUGCCCGGGGCUCCUGUCGGCCGAGGUCCGCCCGGGGGCCAAGUAGGCCGGCGCCAUCUAUCGGGCCCGGCCUGACGACGGGCAAAGGGGCCCGCACAUCCCCCUCCAAUAAAGCUUCCUCCUGGUUGUCCGGCGACGCGGCAUGUGGGUCUAUUUCGCUUGCGCCGAGUCUCGGGGAGGGGUGGGCCCUGGAGCCGGGGGCGGCUGGUCCGGCGCGCUCGGGCAUCGGGCCAGGGACGUGGUCUUCUGCCAGGGGACCAUGCGGGUGUGUGCGUGUGGAGGGGGCCGGCACGAGGAGAAAGGGCAUGCUUGCGGCAGGGCUGUCCGCC